AUGAAAGUAGUUAUUACGAAGACCCGAGAAGUUGGCUUUUGUUUUUGCAGACGUAUUUCAUUUUUUGUGCUGGUUCGUGAGGCUUCGCGUGAACUUCCCGCCUCGUUGUCUCUGGUUUCAUGGGCGUGUGCGCGAAGCAGGUGUGGCUUCGGGGGCGUCGCGGUAAUCAGCAGCCACCCUGUCACGCGCGUAAAGCGAUCGCUUGUCACUGCUUUUCGCCUCCCCAUCCUUAGGCAAGUGUCUGUUGCAGAUUCGUUCCUACGUAUGCCGACUCGCUUGGCUCUGAUGUGCUGUUCACGUGGAACCAUGCUCCGUCAAACACCGCGGUCGUUUGUCUUUACGUCAGUUGCUGGGAUGGCACUGCUGUUGUUGAGCAGUGGCGGCAGCUCCGUACCGAGACCACCGAACUGCAUCUCAGCUUUGUUUCCGCCUUCAGUGUCUCUAUCGGCAUGCCAAAGGGGCUCGCUUAGUUCUGCCUUUUCCAGACUUCUACGUCCCACCUCUGCUCGUGUGUCGAUCUCCGGUUCGAGUAGCCAAUCUAGCAUUAAUCGUCUUCCUUCGUCGCUCUGGAAAAAGGAACGGCUAACUCCUUCAAAUGAUUGCCACUGCCUCGAUGUCUGCCUUUUCGGCGAUGAAGCGCCAGAUCCAGCGAGCAGUUGCUCCGUACAGCACAGCAGCUGCGGCUGUGAGGAAGAAUCGGGGUCAGCAGGACAGAGAUUGGUAUGUGGAUCUUCUCGUGACUUGAAUACUCUUCAGAGAGAUUCCACAGUUCAGUAUUCAAAAGAACGUGACAAGCGGUCCCUGUCAAACGAUGAAAUAGCCAGCCGGGAAUUUGAGGACGCUGUAAAGACUCGAAGUGGAAUCGAACGUGCGAACAGAAGACAAGCCGGAAUGUACAACGCAAACUUCCCUACGAAUCGUAAGAUUGUCUCAACUACAUCGCAUCGUUCGCAGCACAACGCCGAUGAAGAGGGUUGGGAGAGAGCGUCGUCGGCAUGGCAGCAUCGAGCAGCCCCCUUCCGAGUCUCGGUGUACAAAAAGGAGAUUGGCGGCGACGGCGAUUGCAUGUACCACAGCAUUGCGGCCUGUCUGAAGGAACUCGAGAAAUUCUACCCUGCGUUUGAGGCGCUUGACAUGCAAGCAAUUCGAAAUGUGGCUGCAGAUGGCUUCGUCGGCUUCCGACCAUCUGAGACCAGUGAAAACCGCCCGGGGCCCGACUGGGAUGCCGACGCCUUCAUGAGGCGCUUAGAGGUGUUAGCGGCUCUCGAGGACGAAGAGUGGCUCGAUCCAUGGUCUCCUUCUGCGGUUCUCUCAGGGGACCAGUACCGCAAUUCAGCCUACAUAAUCAUGGACACAUCAACACCUGAAGGCAAAGCUGCAGCCGUCCAUUUCGAACUUAGCAGGCCAGGCUCUGUUCACUGGGGAUCAGGGUUUGACAUAGAUGUGGUUGAAGACGCGUUGAACAUCGGAGUUGUUGUGCUCUCACAUGAGACAGGUGGCGUGUACGCUCGUGCCUCGAGGACAGACGUAAAGAGACCUUACUACAUUUUAAUUUACUACUAUAGUGGGCAGCACUUCCAACAAGCUGGAAUUCGUCACCACGACAAAGGGAGCGGUUCUAUGGAAAUUCGUUCCGCCUUCAGCGCUGAUGAGGUUCCUGACUUUGUUCUAAGGCUGCACCGAGAAGACUGUCGCCAGCCCCUGUUUCCUGAGGCAGCUGAAGGAAAGCAGUGAAAAAAGGCGUUUUUU